CUUCGGUUCUUCUUGCGCUCCCCGAAGCUUGACCCAAAGCGACAAUGGCGACGACAGAAGAAGCCAAUGGAGCGCAUAGUAGCACGCCUCGGUCGAUCAGCGGUCCGACAUCGCCCCAGUCUUCGCUGCUUGCCUCGGGCCAGUCGUACGUGCUGCUGCCCACCUUCACCCUCGAGUCAGGUGUGAUUCUUCAUGACGUUCCGCUCGCAUACAAGACUUGGGGCAAGCUCGAUCCAUCGACCAAGGACAACGCGCUAGUCGUCUGCCAUGCGCUGACGGGUAGUGCAGACGUAGAGGACUGGUGGGGACCCUUGCUUGGACCGGGAAAGCUGUUCGACCCCACGAGAUUCUUUAUCGUCUGCGCCAACGUCCUUGGCUCGCCCUAUGGAUCUGCUGGGCCCUGCACACGAAAGCACGGUGAAGACGAAGAAAUAGCGGAGAAGUUGAAGGCGGACGGUGCUCAUUGGGAUGGAAGAGGAUGGUGGGGUCCCGAAUUUCCCGCGACGACGGUCCGCGACGAUGUCCGGAUCCAGAAGCAGCUCCUCGACUAUCUCGGCGUCGAGCAGGUGGCCGCCGUCGUGGGAGGAUCGAUGGGUGGCAUGUCGGUGCUUGAGUGGGGCAUUCUUUUCCCCGUUCGAUUUCCCUCUCGGACGCCUUCAAACUCGGACGAGACGGAGCCGACACGGGCAGAGAAGCCGUACAUUCGCGCCAUCGUCCCCAUUGCCACGGCAGCGCGACACUCUGCAUGGUGCAUCUCGUGGGCCGAGGCGCAGCGACAGUCCAUCUAUUCGGACCCUGCCUAUGCGCAUGGCUAUUACGACCCAGAGCGCACGCCUCGGGCCGGUCUUUCCGCUGCGAGGAUGGCGGCGCUAUUGACGUACAGGAGCAGGGACAGCUUCGAGAGCCGAUUUGGUCGGCGGAUAGGUGGUGCAAAGAAGGGCGGUGGAGCAGCAGCGGCAGCUGCAUCGAAUAGCUCAGCAACGGGCUCGGUCAACGGAGGAGCGAGGAGGACGAGCACGGCAGAGGAAGCCGCUUAUCAGCACAAUGAGGGCAACCAAAGCCCAAGGAUCCUGCCGCAAUCCCAGCAGCAGGUGCCCCUCAUGUCGACUCUCGUCGAGGGAGAAGGCAGCUCGUCGGCAUCGGCGGGUUCAGUCAAUGUCUUCAGCGCGCAGUCCUACCUUCGAUACCAGGGAGACAAAUUCGUCAAGCGCUUUGACGCCAACUGCUACGUCCACCUGACCCGAAAGAUGGACACGCACGACGUAGCGCGAGGGAGAGCGCAUUGGGGACUCCGGGGCACAGCGGCAAACGGCGGUGGCGGCGGCGAUGGCUCGUUGGCAUCUCCCAUUGACGAGCAUGACUUUGAGAAGCAGCACAGUGCCAGCAAGGACGACAAUGGUGACGGUAACGGCGACGACAAGGAGGUCGCUCGCGGCGAAAAUCGCUUGCCGCGCGAGGGAAAGGAAGACGACGAGGCGCUCGAGCGUGUCCUCGCCCUUCUCUCCUCGCACCGGGCGGACGACGGCACCAGACGAAACUUUCGACUGGGUGCGCCGCCGCCACAGGUCCUGGUCGUGUCCAUUGAGAGCGACGGCCUGUUUGCGCCGCCUGAGCAGGCGCUGCUCCACGAGCUGAUUGGCGGGAGCAAGCUCGUCAGCAUCAAGAGCCCCGACGGACACGACGGCUUCCUGCUCGAGUUUGAGCAGAUCAACAAGCACGUCGAAGCCUUUCUCCGAGAGGCCCUGGGCGAUGGCACAGAGGGCCAGGACAUCUGGAAGCGCGAGAAGGGCGUCGGCUGGGAUGAGUGGAAGGACUGGGGCAUCAUUCCGCCAGGCACCUCUGCGGGACAGGCGGGCAAGCUUGGAACAGGCGGCGAAAAGGUCAAGGAGAGCGUUUUUGGAGAAGUCGAGGAUGUGACGAGGUGGUGAUCUGGGUUUGGUAUAAGCCCUUUACUUUGAUAUCGAGCAGAAAUGUGCCUUGCCACGAUCCUUCCUGUUAUUCUACGAGGACAACUACUAUUACUACCACCACUACCACCCGCUUCUAAUCUACAAUCAAUGCCGCAGGAUUGGGUGGAGUCGCAACCGCCCGUAGCCCUUU